CCUGUCUUCUUCGGAUUCUCUCGUCUUCCUCAUUUGUUUCUUUUCUUCCUCCUCACUGCCUUUCCAGAUUUUGGUUCCACAUUUAUACACACACAGGCACCACGCCCUUGGCUAGCUGGCUACCUUUCUCCCGCUAGCUUGGUUUUUAGGCUAAAAUCUUCAAAUAAAAGAUCCUUUAUGAAUUUGGGAUCUCAUGGAUAACAGUUCUAAAGUGUGAAGACGAUGGCGCCACUUUCCGGUGGACUGUACUUUUGUUUCCUUCUUAUUGCGGAUUUAGUUUUGCUAGGAUUGACGGUGGCGAUUGAAUUUGACUCCGGAUCGAUGACGCUGUCCAGCAUGAAGCUCCUCGGAGACGCCCAUUUGAGCAACGAGAGCUUCAGGCUAACUCGAGACGUCGGCGUGCCUUACUCCGGCGCCGGAAAAGUUUUGUAUUCUAAGCCUAUCAAGUUCCGGCGGCCGGGUUCUGAGUCGCCGGCGAGCUUUUCCACAUUCUUCUCGUUCUGCGUGACGAACUUGAACCCCUCAUCGAUCGGCGGGGGGAUUGCAUUUGUGAUCUCGCCGGACGACGACUACGUGGGCGACGCCGGAGGGUUUUUGGGGGCCAUGGACGGCGAGGGUUCCCAGAAGAACGUGGUGGCGGUGGAAUUCGACACCCUUUUGGACGUUGAAUUUAAGGACAUCAAUGGGAAUCACGUGGGGUUAGAUCUGAAUUCCAUGGUUUCCAGUCGAGUCGGUAAUUUGGACACCAUCGACGUCGAUUUGAAAAGCGGCGAUCUGGUCAAUGCCUGGGUCGAUUAUUCCGGUCCUAACCGGACCAUCAAAGUCUACGUAUCGUAUUCCAAUUUGAAGCCCAGAGACCCAAUUUUGUCCGACGAAUUGGAUCUGAACGACUUCGUCGUCAACGAUUUCAUGUUCGUCGGAUUCUCCGGGUCAACUCAGGGCAGCACUGAAAUCCAUUCCAUCGAAUGGUGGAGCUUCACUUCAACCUUCGACGAUAAUCCCUCGGCGGCGGCGCCGCCGACGCCAACGGCUAGUUUGAUGAACCCCACGGCGAGUGCAGCCAAGUCUCCGCCACCGACUGCAGAACCCAACUCCACCGUCGCCGCCAACACGACGUCGUACGAUAAAGACAGUAACGGCGACGGUAAGUGCCACAAUCAGCUCUGCAAAAGCGGCCCCGGCGCCGUCGCCGGCGUGGUAACGGCGAGUGCAUUUUUCUUGGGAUUCUGUGCAGUGGCAUUGAUUUGGGUGUACGGAAAGAAGUUCAAGCGUGGCAAAAAGUCGGACACUUUAGCCUCAGAUGUAAUAAAAAUGCCAAAGGAAUUCGGGUACAAGGAGCUCAACAUUGCCACCAAGGGAUUCGAUUCGAACCGGGUUAUCGGGCACGGGGCGUACGGAACAGUGUACAGAGGCACACUUCCGGCCACCGGCGACGCCGUGGCGGUGAAGAGGUGCACUCUCAACGGACAGGGGAAGGCAGAGUUCCUGUCGGAAUUAUCGAUAAUUGCAACUCUCCGGCACCGGAAUCUCGUCAGGCUUCAGGGAUGGUGCCACGACAAAGGUGAGAGUUUACUCGUCUACGAUUUGAUGUCCAACGGAAGCCUCGACAAGGCACUGUACGAGUCUCGGAUGACUCUGCCGUGGCCUCACCGGCGGCGGAUUCUCCUCGGCGUCGCGUCGGCGUUGACAUACCUGCACCAGGAGUGCGAGAAUCAGGUGAUCCACAGAGACAUCAAAGCCAGCAACAUUAUGCUGGACGAAGGGUUCAACGCCCGAUUGGGAGAUUUCGGGUUAGCGAGGCUAAUCGAGCACGACAAGUCGCCGGACGCCACCGUCGCGGCGGGGACGAUGGGUUACCUGGCGCCGGAAUAUCUUCUCACCGGCCGGGCGUCCGAUAAGACCGACGUUUUCAGCUACGGCGCGGUGGUGCUCGAAGUGGCCAGCGGGCGGCGCCCCAUCGAGAAAGACGCCGGAAAGGCCGGCGGCGGACGCGGCGGCAAUUUGGUGGAAUGGGUGUGGGGAUUGCACCGGGAAGGGCGGCUGAUGAUGGCGGCGGACGCCCGGCUGGGGAACGAGUUCAACGAAUCGGAAAUGCGGCGGGUGCUGCUGGUGGGGCUGGCCUGCUCGCACCCGGACCCGGCGGCGAGGCCGGCGAUGAGGGCGGUGGUGCAGAUGCUGGUCGGAGAAGCCGAAGUUCCGGUGGUGCCUCGGGCGAAGCCAACGUUAAGUUUCAGCACGUCGGAGCUUUUGCUGACGCUGCAGGACAGCGUAUCGGAAUCCGAUUUGAACUGCAUGAUCGCCGCCACCUCGUCGUCGUCGUCGUCGGAAAAUAGCCUCAUCCACCACGGCGGCGUAGACUUGGUGUGAUUUGUAAAAUUUGACAUUGCCUGCAACUGUACGUUCGUUCGUUAGUUCGUUUAUUAACUUAAUUCAUUAAUAAUUAAUCAUUCGUUUAUUUGUUA